AUGGACGUCAUUACUGGUUUUGUAACAGACGUUACUGGUGAAAAAAGAGGACCAUCUAAACAUUAUCGUCGGUUUGAUGUUUUAACAUCAAAAAAUGAACGAAUUUCAGGUUGGAUUUUUUCGACAAUGGAAAUCGAUCAGACGUAUGCUGGAGAUGUUCUUUUUAAAUCUGUCAACAAAAAUUUAGCUGUCUGUUUACAUGGUAAAAUUUCAAGCGAUGCAGGAGGUGCUCGCACGAUCGAAAUAUCGAUUAAUAACAAAUUUGAUAAAUGUAUAAAUUGGUCACAAGUUCAAAUUGUACGACCUGAUAAUGUGUUAGCAACGGCUCACAUUGAAGAUAUACUUUUUAUCAAACACACCAUCUCGUUUAGAAUGUGUUGUAAUUGGUGAAAAUCAAGGAGUAAAUUUUUUAUAGCACGAUGAACAACGACUAUACAAAGUGUAUAUCAUUGGUGAUGAUAGUGGAACAAGUCCCUUAUUAGUCUAUGAUGAAUUGAUUGAUAGCUUAAAGAUUAGCGAGAGUUUUAUUUUUACACAAAUUAAAUCCAAAAAAAUUCAUGGGAAAAUGAUCUUAACUACCAGUACCAAUAGCACGAUUACUCAAUCAACACAUGCGAGUAAAAGCUAUCAGAUUAAUUUCUAGAUGAUAAAGACCUUAUUUGAUAACACUGCUAAUGUUGUAAAAUACAAAACAGAACAAUACAUAUCUUCAAUCUGAUUUUGUAUUUACUAUUCAUUAAUGUUCAUGACAAAAAAAAAUUAAUCAUAGUAUGUUAUAAUGACUGUAAAGCGUGACAGGUUACAAAAACAUUUAGCUAGUACACAUUUCAUGUUAGUUCAUCGGAAACUUCCAUCUCGCUUGUGUGUCUAUCACCAACUACGAACGAACAGAAAUACUACUAAGAAUAUCUACAUGACUCGGCAGUAGAAAGCAUGAUUACCACUACAUAGGAAGUAAUCUAUGAAUCAGUAGAAAUUUAAGUUCUAUUUCUAAAUCAUCAGGUAUAUGAGGUAUCAGGUUUUUAUAUUUAAAGAAUCUAUAUAUCUGUAUGACCAAUGAGCUUCUACGAUAUGAUGAAAAAAACACUGUGCAAUCGAGUCAAUAUUGAAAAUCCUUCCUCUUUCCCAAUCUAGUUCAGAUACGGUUGUAUCAAAAACUUGAGAUCAUACUAAAACAAUGUACAUGUUCUGUAAUAGUAAAGAAUAACUGUACUAGAAUAAUAAUUACAUAGAAUAAAUGUAAUUUUUCGGGUAGAUCUUUUAAUCAUAAGGAGCUGGUUUUAUCAACAAAAUAGUUCAUGAUUACAGUAUUAAUUUAAAAAAAAUGACCUUUUUUUCUUACGUACAUAACAUAUUUCUUAUAAGUGUCUCUAAAUAUCUAGAAGGUCCAAAGAAUCUAUGAAGAUAAGAGAACAUAUUUUCCACAGAUCACUCUUCUUUUAACGUUUCUCAAAGAGGUUUUAGUUUAAUAUGUUAAGAAGAAAUACUAAAAAAGCACAAAAAAAAAACAUUAUUGAAUUCUGAACAUCAAAUAUGUUAUAUUUAACUACUCUGUCCAUUUGAUCUAGAAUGUCCGUUUUUUUCUGAAUAUUGGCAUUUCUCCACAUAUUAAAGUCCUUUAAAGAUCAUUGCUAUAUUUUUAAACAUUUUUGACAUACUUUGAUAGGUUAUUCUUCCAAAUUUGAAUAACAUGGAUGAAUCUAUGUCAUUUAAAACAAGUCGAUAUUGAACAAAUAAGUUCAUGGAUCGAGGAAAUAAGUCAUUCUCAAAAAGAAAUGACAUGUAACAUUUGUCAGCUAAAACUAACUACAGUUCCUGGUAAGGAACAUUUGCUAAAAUGUCAAAGCUGUUCCAAGUUUACACUUGCUAAAAAUAUCGGUAACCAAACAAACAUUAUGAUUACCAUUGGUAAGCUUCUUUUAUUUUUGUAAGUACAAUAAAUUUUUUUUUAAUUUAUAAAUAAAAUGCAGAUAAUCAAAAAAUAACAUUCUACUCAACAAAAACUAUAUUGCAAACUUUUUUCAAAAAGAAAAUCCUAAUAUAUUGGCUACACCUGAAAAUCUGUCCGAAUAUUAUCUUGUACAAGGGCCAUGGUUAUUAACAAUAAGUCAUUCUUGACAUUAAUUAAUCGAUAUCAAGAAAAAUCAACAAUAAUAAAAACUAAAGCAUCGUUUAUUGUUUGUUCACUAUGUAUUUGUUUCCUUCUAUUGGUUUCCUUAUUCAACUAAUGAACUUACAGUAUGCCCAAUGCAAUCUCGAAAGAAUAAAAGUUCAUCAAUAUGAUUUUUAUCAUCCAUAUGUUCAAUUUAAAUUAUUUGAUUUUAAAAUAAAAUUUUUCAAACUUAUUAUUUCAAUAAAAAAUAUUCUACGCUCUUGUUUAAAACAAAGUUAUUUCCUUUUUAAAAAUAUUGUUAACAUCUGACACUAAACAUAAUAAGUAGAAAUCGCCUAACAAUGCAAUUCUUCAUCAUUGUUCCUUCAAUUUGUUUCGAUAUCAAGGAAUCAGUUGAAACGAAACUGUUUCCCUAAUACAGUAACCGACAGGAAAAAAGAAAGUCUAGUAAACUUAGCCCAAUCUUUAGUAUCAAUUUCUAACAUAAGAAGAAAUCCAAACAAUAUAUAUUUGACUAGCGAGAACCCGUGCAUACUGCACGGUUGUUCUUUUUCCUUUGAAGUUUCGCAUCUGUACUUUAAUCUUGACCCACAACAGGUAAUCAAACACUGCCCAUUAAGUGUAUACAUAGAUCCUAUAGACUUAUCCCUUAUAUUCUUGUAGUCUUAUAUUGUUGUACUCUUGUAGGCUUACCCUCCUAUAGACCUGUACCCUUACACCCUUGUAGCUUUACCCUUAUAGUCUUACCGUCCUAUAGCUAUGAGUCUUCUAGCCUUGUACCUUACCCUCCUAUAGUAUUAUACCCUUAUGGGUACUCGCAUAGGAUAGCCCUUGGGGACUUGGGGGUACCCCAUAGGAUAGGCAUCGGGGACCUAUUGGUACCCCUAUAGUAUAGCCCUUGAGGAGUUGGGGUACACCCAUAGUAUCGGUCUUGAAGACCUAUGUGUAUCUCCAUAGGAUAGAUCUUGAGGAGUUGGGGUACCUCCGAUACCCCCAUAGUAUAUCCCUUGAGGACCUAUGGAUACCCCCUAUAGUAUAGCCCUUUGUGGUCUCUGGAUACUCCAUAGUAUAGCUUGUGAGGACCUAUGGAUACUCUAUAGCAUAGUCCUUGACAACUUACAGAUAGCUCCAUAGUAUCGUCCAUGAGGACCUAUGAGUGUCUCUAUAGUAUAGCCUUUGAGGAUCUAUGGGUGCUUGCAUAGGAUAGGUCAUCGAGGACCGAUAGGUGCCUCCAUAUAGUCCCCUUGGCUCUACUCCCUACAGCCUUAUUCGACCUUUGACCUUUAACCAUUAACCUUUGAGCUUUAAUCUUUAACUUUUGACCCUUGACCUUUCAUUCCUAUACAAAUCCUUAGCGAAUAUUCCAGAAAGAUCUGGAAAGUUCCAGAACAUUCGAGAAACCCUAAUUGUGUAUAUGUAAUGCUGCAAUGUUCUAGAAAAUUCGAGAAUCUUCCAUCUUUGACCUUUGACAUUUAACCUUCGACCUUCACCUUCCAAUCUCUGUAUAGAGUUCUUAGCGAAACUUCUACAAUGUUCUUGAGACUAUCCUAGAAACUUGUACCAAUGUUCAUAUAAUUUUUAAACGUUCUAG